GAAACGCAGCACGAGCUUGACGCUUGCAGCAAUCUACAUCGUGUGAUGUAGAUCGUUGCGGGGGGGUAGAGAACCUGCAGCCCCCAUCCAGACUCGGCCUGCGCGGGAUUAGCGGGGACCGAGACACCGCUGGGCGCGCGCGUCGACGGAGAAAACCUCCGGGAGGGGGGGGCAGAAUCUGGCGCAACACCAAACCGCAAAUCCACCGCGCGCGCGCACUGAAGCUGCUCAUGCACGGGUCAUCAGCGAGGAUGUUCUCCGAGUCCGUCCCGGUUCCGUGGAACAAGCGAGUCCUGUGGAUCUGCACAGGGCCAGAAUCUAGGAAGAAGCUUCUCUGAGCUGCUGCUCCCCCCACCACCAUGGCCUACAAGAUUCCGGGAGCGGCCGUGGACAGAGUCAGCCUGCUGUGGCGUCUGAGGCGCAGAGCUCGCCGUGGAGCCAUGUGCAUGGCCUUCUUCUGCCUCUGCAUGGCUCUCCUCUAUGCCAUCUGUGCUGAAAACAGCGUGCCCGUCACCGACGCCAUCUUUGGCGUGCGAGCUCGAACCCGCGCUCAGCCUCGUGCACACUCGGUCACUAAGGUGUUAAGGGGCGGAGCCAAACACAUGCCCAUCGACCCUCAGAAGCUCCCAGGUGUCGUACCUGGGGAUCCUCGCCGUCCGAUCCCCGUCCUAUCCUCGUUGAACCGCUCCCAUGAAGGCAGAACGUCUGCUCCAAAACAAACGUCCAGAACAUCAGGGUCUUCUGGAUUUCUGGCCAGUUUUCUGCCCCGCCCCCUCUCCCGAGCAAUACAAACCCUGUUCACAGGUCGGCGGAGGGGGGAGUUGAGUGGAAAAGCGAGGGAGGCGGAGUUCUUUGGACCCCACGGGCUUUUGGGUGAAGUCUGGGACGAUGAGAUGUCGAGCAGCAGACUCAGCAGCAGAAUGAAGAAGGUGGUGCAGAACUACCAGGCCAUGAAUAAAUAUGGAGUGAAGCUUUCAGGUCCUGCCGGCGGCACCAGGCGACUCAAGCUGAGCGGUCCGGAGCUCCUCUGUCAGCUCAAGCGUAAAGUGGAGGUGUUGUCCUUGACCUCAGACCUGCACCCGUUCUCCAUGCUGCCCUGGGCCCCCCAGCUUCCAGCACAGCAGCUGACCUCCGAGCUCGGACCGCUGAAGAGCUGCGCCGUCGUGUCAUCGGCCGGCUCGCUGCGCCACUCGGGACUGGGCAAAGAGAUAGACUCUCACGACGCCGUCAUGCGCUUCAACGCCGCCCCCACCAGCGGCUUUGAGAAGGACGUUGGCUCCAAAACCACCAUGCGCCUCAUCAACUCGCAGGUGAUGGCGUCUGAAGAAUACCGCUUCCUGUCCAGUUCCUUGUACAGCUCAGGUGUUCUGGUGGCCUGGGACCCCGCCCCCUUCUCUUCGGACCUCACACAGUGGCUCAACCGGACCGAUUACCCCAUCUUCGCCCAGUACCAGCGGUACCGAAGACUCCACCCUCAGCAGCCGUUCUUCAUCCUUCAUCCUCGCUUUGAGUGGCAGGUCUGGCAGCAGGUUCAGGAGAACAUGGCCGAGUCCAUCCAGAAGAACCCGCCCUCAUCUGGGUUCCUCGGCACAGUCCUGAUGAUGUCACUGUGCGAGGUGGUGCACGUGUACGAGUUCCUGCCCUCCAAGAGAAAGACGGAGCUCUGCCAUUACUACCAGCACUUCUACGACGCCGCCUGCACGUUGGGAGCCUACCACCCGCUGCUGUACGAGAAGAACCUGGUCAAACGGAUGAACCAGGGCGCCGACCGCGACAUCUACACCCACGGCCGGGUCACGCUGCCCGGGUUCAACGCCAUCAACUGCACCCGGGCUGCCCAGGAGCCCGAGGGCAUGUGACCCAUUCCUGAGACAUGCAUGAAGACCUUCCAUCACUGCCAAAGCGGUCUGUCAGCACAGCGGGACCGUCCCAGCAGAGACGGGCAAUACAGAAACAUUUAAGCUCCUCCCCUUUUCUUCAGAAGACCCCUGACAUGAUCCAGAGGAGCUGGAGGUCCACGUAGCUCCGACACUUCUGCACAAACCUGAAGCACUGCAUCUGGCAGGAAACGGGCCGAAGGGUUUCCAUAGAGACGGGAACAAUCAUGAGGAAUGUCCGGAUCAGGAGGUUCAGCUGCUUCAGGUUAGUGCAGCUGAACCUCCUCUGGUCCGCGACUUCCUGUACCUCUGAGGAGCUCAGAAGACACGUCACACGCUUUAGAGAACGCAGGAACGUCUAGAAUUAGUCACGCUGUGGUUCUUUGGACUGUUCAGAGGUUUCAGGUCAGACCUUUGUAAAACUGCAGGAAGAAUGACCAUCCGUGUACGUUAUUUCCCCUUAAAGACAUCUGCUUCCUGUUUGACUCGAUCGUGUCUGGGCCCGGACGCAAUGUUUGGAUGGCGUUUUGACAAAACCUACUGAUCAAAUCGGAUCAAACAUCUAAUCUGACUUCAAUGAUUCAUCCACGGCCCACAGUGACGGGGAACGUGGAACCGUAGACUUCCAGUUAGAACAGACAAAACCCUGAUCCUGACUUGACCUCUGACCCUUGUGGAAGACGCCAUAAGCAGCGUCUUUACUGCCUGAAACCAGACAUCGAUGUGAAGAAACAUUUGAAAGUGUUCCAGUUAAUUCGGUUUCAAACUGGAUUAAGUGAAACAGCUUGGCGCUCCUGCGGAGGCGGGGCCUGGCGGUGGAAAAUGAGCAGGUUGUAAAUAAAAACCUUUACCUUUGCUUUGAACACAUUCUAAUCUGCCACACCCCCCUGUAUACCUGCCUUCCACCUGCCCUCUGGGGGGUAUUUUAGGCUGUGUAAACGGCAUUGCAGCUUCUCUGCACAUCAAGAGCUUAGAAACCCAUCUCCAAAUUAAGCUCCGCCUUCUUUAGUCCCUCUGCUGUUGUCUCAAACCGAUUCCUGCUGAGUUCACAGAGGUUCUGGCGGCCUUGACCUCGUGAUCAUCGCUGUUUCACAGACUUUGGUCUCUGUGCUGAUUGGUAGGACAACCCUAAGCUGCAUUUCGCUAACGUUUGCAUGGAAGCGUCUUCCUCUCUCCUUAUGCAUGUAUGAAAGCAUUCAGCAUUUUCAGCCCUGAAGACGGUCAUGGCGGCGGUCACGGCGGCGGUCAUGGCGGCGGUCCGGCAUUCCUGCAGCUGAUCCUAGUACUUUGUCUCCUCGUGGUUCUAAGCAUGCAAACAUAAAGUACAAAUGAAUUAGCUAGUUAGGUGGGGCAGUAAAUCCUUAUUUGCACUAACCAGCCUGUCACUUCACAAACUGACGUCUCUUUUAGCCACAUUUAGCCCAAACGUCUGCAUGAACAAGCGUUAGCGAGGCCGGUUCACUGCCAAGCCGAACUAACCAAAUACUGGAGACGUGACGGCCAGGAACUGUAGAACUGGCUCCUUUUUUGGUUUUGCUGCUCCUGCUGCUCCCACUCCCUGAUUAGAUUGAUUGUAACGUUUCUGUGCAUUGAAUCCACAUAAACAAAUGUUUUCCACAGAAUGUGCCACUUCUGUGUAUGAUUUGAAAAACGUGUUUUGAAUGCAGCUGCUGCAACUAAAGCGGUGAAAAACUUUGUGUCCUGUUUGCACAUCAAACUAUUGGAUUUGAUGGAAAUGUCCUGCAAAUGCAACAGAUGCUGGAGCCAAAGCCCAAAGCUGGAUGUAGUCGUGUCACCUUGUUUUAUUUUUCCAAGGUGACGUUUUUGGUUUGACAAAACUUUACUCUCACCAUCAAGUUGAAUGAUGUCAAUGAUUGUUGCCCCUAAGCUGAACUUUCUGUUUCACAUCUAACCGGCACAGUUUCAUUAGAAACUAUGACUGCAGAUCUGACCUGGUCUCUGGUCUCUGGUCUCUGGCCUCAGCUCUGACUGGGUCUCUGACCUGGUCCCUGACCUGUUUCCUGACCUGGUUCCUUGCCUGGUCACUGGCCCCUGGCCUGGUCUCUGACCUGGUCUCUGGUCUCUGGCCUCAGCUCUGACCGGGUCUCUGACCUGGUCCCUGACCUGUUUCCUGACCUGGUUCCUUGCCUGGUCACUGGCCCCUGGCCUGGUCCUCAGAUCUUGUAGGAGAGCGUUGAUGGCGGUGGCAGACUGGCAGUUGCACAGGGGAGGACAAGACUGCACUUUGCUGUUUUAUUGUGGAUGCCUCAGUUUUUGAAAAUAUGAUUUGUCAGUGCUGAAAUGAUGUGAGUUGCUUUUUAACCAAAACACGGUUAUCACAUAAAACUUGGAUCAGUGGCUCCUGUUUGCAAAGUAACAAUGGGACGUGAGAGGAAGAUUUCUGACUAUAUAAAUAACUUUCCGGCAUUAA